GCUCUGCGGGCUUCAGACCCGACCCCGCCCGCCUCCGGCGCACACUGACACAUUAGCCCGGAGCUGGCCUCAGCGCGCUCUGGGUCUUGGCGGGGCUUCUGUCAAGCCGCUGGCCCCAGGGCACGCUCCGCCUCCUCAGCUUAAGGGGACGGCCUGGCCCAGCUGUGAGGGAUCCAAGCCGAGCACCGRGAAGAAAGUUUUGCAGCGCGGAGGGGAGUUGGGCCGCGGAAGGAAGGAAACCCAAAGAGGAGGGUCUCCACUCCAAGUUUGUUUGGUGGUCGCCGCGAUCGUGGGGCGCCUGUCCCGCAGCUCUCCGUAGCGGCCAGACUUCAGCCUUCCGGGCGGAUGGGACUCUCUGUUCGGGUCCGAGACCGGCGCUAGAGGCUCAUCAGGGACCCGGGAGGAACUUGUCUGGCGAGCUGUCGCUGUGGGCCUUUAUUGUCUGCUGGAACUCUCCGGAAUCGGGAGGGGGAGGACUGGAUCGCGCUUCCACUGGGAUUCGUCAAGAGUUCCGGCGGCAGCUGUGGCUGCAGCGGAGACUCCCUUUGUCCUCUCAGGACCUCCCUCUCUCCCUCUCUCCCUCUCUCCCUCUCUCCCUCCCUCUAUCAGUUGGUGGGUCCAGCUGACCCGGGCGCCGGCGCCCCAGCUGCUCGCAGCGCUCCCAUCCCAGAGCCAGUCCUUGGUGACUCCAGCCUCCGUUGCUUAUCUACCCUGCCGAGCCAAGGGGGCUACGGGCAGGAGGGAGUCUAAGGCCCCCCGGCCACAGGAUGGUGACCCGAAGGUCUGCGGCCCGCAGCUCCGGGAGCUGGCUGUUCCCAGGGCUGUGGAUUGUGGUGCUCAGCGGUCCUGCGGGGCUGCUGCACGCGCAGGAGCAGCCCUCUUGCAGAAGAGCCUUUGAUCUCUACUUCGUCUUGGACAAGUCUGGGAGUGUGGCAAAUAACUGGAUUGAAAUUUAUAAUUUUGUCCAUCAACUUACUGAGAGAUUUGUGAGCCCUGAAAUGAGAUUAUCUUUCAUUGUGUUUUCUUCUCAAGCAACCAUUAUUUUGCCAUUAACUGGAGACAGAAACAAAAUCAAUAAAGGUUUGGAAGAUUUAAAAAGUGUUAGUCCAGUGGGAGAGACAUACAUCCAUGAAGGACUAAAGCUAGCGAAUGAACAAAUUCAGAAAGCAGGAGGCUCAAAAACCUCCAGUAUCAUAAUUGCUCUGACAGAUGGUAAGUUGGACGGUCUGGUGCCAUCAUAUGCAGAGAAAGAGGCAAAGAUAUCCAGGUCACUUGGUGCUAAUGUUUAUUGCGUUGGUGUCCUUGAUUUUGAACAAGCUCAGCUCGAAAGAAUUGCCGAUUCCAAGGAACAAGUUUUCCCUGUCAAAGGUGGAUUUCAGGCUCUUAAAGGAAUCAUCAAUUCUCGAGGUGGAGGCUGUGGUCACCCGCAUGGUCAGUUUGCACCUGCGGUCCUCCCCACCUACAUCUCUGACAGCUAUCUCACAGAACUUGUGGCUCUGGAGGGUAUGGGCCUCUGCUUCUGCGAGUUAGCCCAGGACAAGCACCUGGGUGCAAGGGUAUCUGAAGAUUCUCCACCUUCCAGGAGGUGCAGAAGCCUUCUCAGGAUGACUGGGUAA